AUGUACAUAAUCCCCGAAGUCUGUUUUGGAAGACAAACGGGGCCGGUAGAGCCGGUGCCAUUGCUCACCAAUUUGGUAAAGUAUUACAUCGAUCUUUUAUAUCAAUUUUACAGCCUUGAUUCUCCGUGGGACCUACUCGCCAAUGGAGGUGAAGCAUGGUCAACUGUACCCGCAGGUCGUUUCAAUGAAAUAGCGUCUUAUCACCCCGAUCUCAAUGACCCCAAUGGUAAGAAUAAACACCGAGGAGGAUACUUCAUAGAUGGCGAUGUCCGCGACUUCGACCAUGCUUUUUUCCACAUCUCGCAGCCUGUCGCUGCCGCGAUGGAUCCACAACAACGAAUCUUGCUCGAGCUAGUGUACGAGGCGUUUGAGAGCGCUGGUUGGAGACGUGAAGAGUGUGCAGGCUCGCGCACCGCGGUGUUUGCCGCUAGCUUUGGGAUGGAUUAUGAACGAAAUCUUUUUAAGGAUAUUCUAAAUCUACCCGUAUAUCAGAGUCAUGGUACGAGAACGGCCAUUCUCGCAAACCGCAUCUCCCAUAUAUUUGAUCUGCAUAGCACGUCUGUGACAAUUGAUACAGGCUGUUCAGGAGGGCUCGUUGCAUUUCAUCAAGCAUGCCAAAGUCUACGCAAGAACGAGUCCAAUGCGACCGUGGUUGCUGCGGCCAACUUGCAAUUGAUGUCCGAUCAUUAUAUUUCUAUGAGCAAUCAGUAUAUGAUCAAUAUUAAUGGUCGAUUUUAUCCCUUCGAUAAUCGUGGUGAUUGCUAUGGUCGCAGCGAGGGAUUCGUUGUGGUCGUACUGAAGUGUUUGAGCGAUGCUCUGAGGGACCGCGAUCCAACCCAGUCUAUCGUUCUUAAUUCUGCAAUAAACCAAGAUGGAUAUACCGCUUCAGGGAUCAUCCAAAUUGUAUUACCCAAGCUAGCCUAA